GAGGAAGGCUGGGAUGAUAAUUUCAUUUCGAUGGGCAGAGCGCGAACACACCGCCCGCCGUCUUUUAUCUAACAUGAGGCAUUUCAUUCAGAGAUAAGCUUUUAUUUUUACUUUCAGAGGACGUCGUGCUUCUUCACCGGAGAGACCCCCGUUCUCCCUCCCUCCCCCUCUCCGCUCCAGGUGUCCGUGUGUGCCGUGGAUCGGUGGUCGUACAGGCCGCGAAUCAGGUCUUGUUGCUGGGAGGACACCACACAGACUCGCCUCCCCUCUUUAGCAUUAUUAGCUGGCUACAAUGCGACGCUGCUGCCGCCGCUUGUGUCUUUUCCUGACGGCAGCAGGCUCCUGUGCGACGAGGCGGGUCCUUGAUUAGUUGUUCGUCCCCGACGGAACCGCAGGGUGACUUGGAGACACACCACACCUUUCAAGGAUGGAUAUUGACUUGUGUGCUGGCGGGGACAGUACCAGGAGAAAAGUAGAACUGGCAGGGGUUGCAGAAGGCACAACGGACAUUGUACCUUUGGAGAUGUAUGACUCCGCCAGAGCAAAAAUAGCUGCCAACCUGCGGUGGCUGUUUGCCAAAGCCUAUGGCAUUGACCAUAUUCCAGAGGACUUAAGGGACCCGUUCUACACAGACCAGUAUGACCAGGAACACAUCAAGCCACCGGUAAUUCGUCUGCUGCUGUCCUGCGAGCUUUACUGUCGUGUCUGUGCCCUCAUCCUGAAGACGGAGCAGGCGGCGUCUCUUCAGUCCCACCUGUCCGUCAUCCAGGCUCUGUCCAGGAAGGGGAUUUACGUUGUAGAGAGUGACGACACACCCGUAACAGAAGGGGACCUGGCCUGCAUGCCCAUCAAAAUGAGUGCUCACAUGCCCAUGAUCGAUGCCCUGAUGAUGGCUUACACGGUGGAGAUGAUAAGCAUCGAGAAAGUGGUGGCUUCUGUCAAGCGCUUCUCUACCUUCAGUGCCUCUAAGGAGCUUCCCUUCGACCUGGAGGACGCCAUGAUCUUCUGGAUCAACAAGGUGAACAUGAAGAUGAGGGAGAUUACAGAAAGGGAACACAAAGUCAAACACCACCCUCUGGAGUCCCCCAGCCACCAAAAGUCUCCCUCCAAAUGGUAUUGGAAGCUAGUCCCUCCUGACGUCGUGCACGAGCUGGCCCACUGCAUGCUGGAGCCAGAGGAGCUCUCUGAAGCGGUUCGGUAUCGUCGGGAGCAUGCUUCAGGCCGGCAGUUGCCCUUCUUCCCUUUGCUGGAAGAUCUGAUGAGGGAUGUUUGUGAUGGAGCUGCACUGCUCACCGUGGUCCAUUACUACUGCCCAGACCUCAUGAAGCUGGAGGAUAUUUGCCUGAAGGAAGUACCUUCCAUCGCUGAUAGUCUGUACAACAUCCAGCUGCUCAGAGAGUUUGCCAACGAGUACCUGAAUAAAAGUUUCUAUCUGACGACGGAGGACAUGCUCUACUCCCCGCUUGUGCUCAAGCACAAUGUGAUGGUGUUUAUCGCUGAGCUUUUCUGGUGGUUUGAGACCGUCAAGCCGGAGUUUGUUCAGCCCAGAGAUCUCCAAGAGUUCAAAGAUGCUCGAGCCAUGGCUCAUCCCAAGAGUUCCCGUCCAUCAGUGCCCAUCUCCAACGCCACCAAGCGCAGCUUCCUGGUUAGUCCGGGUGCGGCCGAUAACCAGAGCAGCCCUGAAGUCUGUAACAGGUACUUCCUGCACCCUGAAGACUCUGACCCCCUUAAAGGGGGUCCGACUUUCAGUCCAUCUCACCCACUUCUGCCCCUGCGACAGAGACAACAAAAGCAGCAAGGGGAGGAUAGUACAGGUCUAAGAAACCGUUCGAACUCCCUGACUCAGAUGGACGGGCAACAACCCAGAGGCUCUGUCGUAGCAUGGCCUGACAAGAGGCAGAGACCUCUGUCCACACUGAGCCCCUACCUGUUGCAUUCAGCCACAGACAGUGAUGCAGACAUGGCUUCUGGUGACAGCGUGAGUCUUGCUCGUUCCAUCAGUAAGGACAGCCUGGCAUCCAACGUCAUGAACGCCACUCCCAAACACCAGGCGUCCGCCCUCCAGCCAUCACAUGCUGCGAUGCGCAGAGUUAAUGGCCACAGCCUGCUGGGGAAUGUCAACAUUGAGGAUGAGGAAGAAACUCUGGUGGCAGUUGCCAGGACUGAUAGUCCCGUCAUCCCCAAACGGGUUGAUGGGACACAAGCAGCUGCCCCAGUUGGACCCAAACCUUCCGCUGACUCCAAACCUGCACCAGAUAGCUUUUAUCUAGAACCACUAAUGCCUGCCGUGCUCAAAACGGCAAAAGAGAAGUCUGUAUGCCUAAACAAGGAGGAGGAGAGUGGUGAGGUUUCUCGGUCUGCAGGGAGGGGCUCUUUACGCAGAGGAGAUGGAUCUGCAUCAGCCGUUCGUAGGAAAGCUCCCUGCAAUCUGAACCAAACAUUUACUCCUCCAGGUGAGGAAAUGGACUCUACAGAGGAGCCUUCCCAGGAUGAGGCAGGUUUCAGGCCAGCUGUCACCAGCAGUGUGGAUCCUUCGUCCAGGGAGCCAGCUGAGGGUUUCUACCUGCAUUCAGAUUCUGAAGAACCAAAGUCUAGCCAGGGCCUGGACGCUGAGCUAGAAGACCUGGACGAGGAGGAAGAGGAUUUGGAUGAAGCUGUUACCACUAAAGACACAAACUGGCCCCGGAAGGCCCUCAAUGAGGAAGAUGAGGAAGAAGAAUCAGCCAAACUCCAAGAAGACAUGAAUGUGAAAGAGCACGAGGACAAAGAUAUGAACGGGGGCAGCGGGCGUUCCAGCCCUUGUCUCAGCACACACUCCCAGGCCAGCAGCAUGGCCAGUGGCAGCGUGCGCAUGACCUCCUUUGCUGAGCGUAAAGCACAGCAGCAACGCUUUGGCAGCAACCAUGACUUACGCUCCAGUGCCUCCAGCUCCCAGAGGACCACUCCAGAUGGAUCGGAGAGCAGCGGCCCUCUGCCUUCCUCUUGGAGGCUUAAGAGAGACCAGAGCCCUUCAUCCCCCUUGGGAGGAUGUAAUCGUACAGGGGAUGGUAGCGGCGGUGCGAAUGUACUGGCUUCUGAAAUCGUCCAGCUCCGUAUGCAACUGGAAGAGAAGCGACGUGCCAUUGAGCACCAGAAGAAGAAGAUGGAGGUGCUGUCAGCGAGGCAGAGGCAGAAGCUGGGAAAAGCUGCCUUUCUGCACAUUGUAAAGAAAGGCGGAGGAAAGAGCGACACAUUACCCAACCCGCUAAAAGCUGACAUCUCUAAAGAUGACCUCAAUGGGGAGAAGGGACCAUCAAGUAAAGAUGAUAUGUGUGUUGAAACUCUGAGAGGGGAGAAAGAGAUGGAGGGGACCACUUCUCCUGGUGCCUUAGGAGCCGACAAGAAAGGGAACAGCGGAAGCUUUUAUCUAGAAGAAGAGUUGGACCUGAAUGAGUGCAGCCGCUCCAUUGAGCUGUUGAACGAAGCCAUCGGCAGCAUCCAGCAGCAGAUGAUGCAGCUUUCCCUGCAGCAGGAGAUGCUCAUGAAACAGAAUGUACAGUCCCCUCCUGGUGCAGCUCCUUCCCCUCCCACCAGCAACAAAAAUGGUGAAUCUAAGGCGGGGGCAAUCUUUCACUAUGUGGAGCACCUCUCUGGCAGUAGCACUGCCCCCACCAGGAAACCCCCCAAACUGAGCUCAGGCCGGAGCUCCAGGUCCAAACCAUCAGAACUAAAGAUAGCCAAGGAGCAGAGCCGGCAGGCCGCCAGGACCCUCACCCCAACUCAGAUCGGCUCAGAGACAUUACCACACCCGAGGCAGUUAGCUGGGGGCAGGUCCCCCAGGGCCGAGCAGCCCGACAGCCCCAGAAACCCCACAGCGGGAGAGACAAUCGACAGGCCAGGAGCUGGCCACAUUCGGAGCAACACCUUCAGACUUCACGAUGAAGCCAACGUGCGCCUGCCGACCCGAGUGGACCUGACGUCAGUGACUGCCCCAGAAGUGUCCUUUGACGAGUGCCUGUCCAGCACCCUGAGAGAGUCAGAGCUCAGCUCUUCAGACGGUUCAGGGAAAGAGAACAUACCAUCAGAAGACGUGCAGCGCAGCAAAGCCCACCUGAUUGAGGUCGAUCUGUCAGAUCUGAAGGCUCCUGAAGAGGCGGAGGGUGCCCAGGACGGAACAACGGAAGGGGGCGACGGAGAGCAGAAGUCAGUCAUGGGCUUCUUCUUCAAGGAUGAGCAGAAAGCGGAGGACGAGCUUGCUAAGAAAAGAGCAGCGUUCUUGUUGAAACAGCAGAAGAAAGCCGAGGAGGCUCGGCUCCGUAAACAACAACUAGAAGCAGAAUCUGAGCUCAAGCGAGAUGAAGCCAGACGGAAGGCCGAGGAGGACCGUUUGCGUAAAGAAGAGGAGAAGACACGACGGGAGCUGAUAAAGCAGGAAUAUCUGCGGAGGAAGCAGCAGGAGAUGUUUGAGGAACAAGGCCUGGUGAAGCCCAAAACCCCCAAACCGAAGCAGAAACACAAACCCAAGUCCGUCUUCAGAGAGGAAUCCUCCAGUGACAAUUUCUCCAAGUGCUCUUCCAUACCUGACAACCUGAGCAACGCCCAGUCAGGCUCCAGUCUGUCUCUGGCCUCUGCAGCGACCAAUGAGGCCGACAGUGUCAACUCUGGAGGGGCCGGCUCCCAGCGCUGCGACUCCGUGGAGUCGUUUCCAGGGAGUCGUAACAACAGUCGAACUGCAGAAAGAGACUGGGACAACGGCUCCACUGCAUCUUCCAUCACUUCCAUGGCUGAAUAUACAGGUCCCAAACUUUUCAAGGAGCCCAGCGCCAAGUCAAACAAGCCAAUCAUCCAUAAUGCAAUCUCUCACUGCUGCCUAGCCGGCAAAGUCAACGAACCCCAGAAGAACCAGAUCCUAGAGGAGCUGGAGAAGUGCGAGUCCAACCACCUGAUGAUCCUGUUUCGCGACGGUGGCUGUCAGUUCCGGGCGCUCUACUCGUACUUCCCCGACACCGAGGAGAUCCAGAAGCUGACGGGCACCGGACCCAAGAGCAUCAGCAAGAAGAUGAUCGACAAGCUGUACAAGUACAGCUCGGACCGGAAGCAGUUCACCGUCAUCCCUGCCAAGACUGUGUCGGUCAGCGUGGACGCCCUGACCAUCCACAACCACCUGUGGCAGGCCAAGAGAAGCGCUGUGCCAAAGAAAAGUGGGAAAUAGUGGGUGGGAUUAUCCAAACCCCCCCCCCGACCCUCAUCUGAAUCAUCUUAGCCCCCCUUCGUGCUUGUUUUCCUGAAUAGACUGCAUCGAUGCCCACAGCCAAGCUUGGUCCGGAAACCUACUUGUCCACAUCUACGGACAUGUGGUCGUCUGUAGGCAGACUAAGACACAAACAAGGGAAAAGGUGUGUGUGUGAAUGUAUGAAUGUGUGUGUGGUUCACGGGUGGACUGGUGCUUGCAACAAAAAGAGGAAAUGCCGGCUGAAUUCUCGCUUCUUCUCCCUGUGAUCUCAGUGCGAUCUGUUCAGGUUUAUUUUAGGCUACUUUUUAUAGUUUUCUUUUUUUACUUUUUACAACCACAACUCGAGCAUGUGGCGUUGUUUUUUUUUUCUUCCUGUCAUAUGUGAUGGAUGUUCUUUUCUACAUGAAGUAUUUAUUAGUUCGGCACUGUCGUGGUUGAGAGCUCAGCUGCAGGACUAAAAAUCCUUCCCUUUCUCUCCGGGAACGCCUCUCUCUUUUUGGACAAAAUUUGGGAGACAUCGGAGGGGGGGAGUUUCCAUCGCUCUUUUCAGAAAGAAUCUGAACCAAGGGACCUUUGUUACAACCCUUUAGGACUGUCGGGGGCUUAGCUCUGCCGCCCUCAGCAACAACAAUCUCUUCCUGCGUGAACUGUCGAAUCUGUCGAAUCAGGCUGGCAUUGCCGAUUUUUGCCUCACCAGGGAUCUCCAAAAAAUCAACAAAAAAAGCCCUGCUGCUCUGAACUGUCUUCUUCUUUUGUCUCGGGGGAGCUCCUCAUCCUCAGGUCUCCCUCGGACAUCUGUUGGCCUUUUCACGCAUCGUGGUACUAUCGUCUAUUUAUUCAACCCGCUUUUUAAAACUAGACGCUGAUCGUGUAGCACUGGAUAUGUGUAUUGCAAAAACAAAAAAAAUAAGAAAAACAAAAAAAAAACAUUAAUGAUGGUCAUUUUAAAUACUUUUAUUUGUCAAAACAUCCUUUUUUUCGUUUCACAAGGGUGUCGAAAGAGGGUGAAUGAUAGGCUUUGGUACAGAAAUGAUGCUUUUUUUGUUUUGUUUCAGCUUUUUUUAUUAUUAUUAAAGCAAUGUGGUAUAAAGUUAAAGCUGAUGUUAUGUUUUCAUCAUAACGGGGAUUUCUCUGAUGUUUAGAGCUUAGUUGUGUUUUCUCCACUGGGCACUCUUGAAUUGUCCUGUAUAAAGGUGCACUCAUGAACACUUGUCAGCGGCUUCUUUCAUGCAAUGUGGCUUCUCUCUCCCCCUCCUCCCCUCGUAACCUCCCCCCACUCCUUCCCUGAGUGUUGUCGUCGGCCAUCUCUAAGAGCCGGCCCACGCGCUCUUAUUGUGAAGAGCCUGUUCGAAUGACAGUAUUUGAUAUAUUCACAAAGGGGAGGGUUUGUGUUUGCGGGCAGGCAGGGGGACUGUGGUUCAGCUAUGACAUUAAAGAACAUUCCUCCAAGGUGUUGACCAACACUGCCACGUCGUCUCUCUUCUCUUCUGUUGUUUUUUUUUCCCCCCAAAAUCAAAGUGCUUUUUUUUUUUAACCAUCUGUUGGCCUCGAGAACAACCAGAAGUGUUGCACGAGCACUUUACUUUCUGUUUGUUGGAAGAUUAUUUGUACCUUUUUAAGAACGGGCAUAAAAAGAAAAACUAAUUAUUAACACUGCUGUUGUGUGCUCCGGAAAGUAAAUGUGGAAACUAAAACCAAACACUAAAAUUUUAAUAGAAUAAAACUGAAGGGGCCUCCACUGAUAUGAUACUACUGCUGUCUCCAAAAACAAUACUUGAUUUCUCGUUUUGCUGCAUUUUAGGGGAGGGAGGGAGGGUGGUAGAUCUUUAAUUGUAUGAGAGUGUAUUUUUAUGUUAACUAAAAGAUUGUAUUGGCAUUUGGUCACCUUUUUGGUUUUCUUUUUUUGUUACACUAGUGUACUUUUCAUCCUUGUUGAUUUUAUCUUUGAUCCCAUGCCAUCUAUUUAUUUUAAAAUGGAAGCACUGAAACAAUAAAUUUUCAAGUAAAUAAAAGUCACAUUUUUCAUUUUCUGAA